GCCCCCGCCCGGCGCGCGUUCGCGGCCAGGGGAGGCGUGUGCUGCCUCUGCAGCCAGCUCCAGAGAGAGGACGGAUAUUGGAGGAAUUCAAGCUAACAAGUGAUCGCUGCUGUCUAGGAUUUUGUGUCUUUUCUGGGGAACCUUGACUUCCUUUUCCAGUCCAGCCCUGCUGUGCUGAACUCCACAGGAGCCAGGAGUCUUAGGGUCUUCCUUGGGGGCAGCCCCGAUCCCCACCCCCAGGCUCCUGAAAGGAAGACUCUGAGCCCCCCUGGCCAGGCAAUAGAACUUGUUCCGUGAAUAUUUUGGAAAUUCCACCUGCCAAACCGGAGCGACCCCCCACCCCCCAUCAUUCUUCCCCUCCUCCAGCUGUUGUAGCUAGAGUGGGGAAAAAACAAACCGGCGGGGAAUUUUCUCUAUUUUUAUUUUUCGCCCCUACUGGGAACAGUGAAGUGCUUCUUCUGCAUGAUUUUAACCGAAGGAUGCUCUACAUUUCCUUGAUUUCUAUGGAGACCUCAGAGCUGGGUUUGCCACUGCUGACACCUCAUCUUGCACCUUCUGUACCUCCCAAGGUCUUUGCCUCUAUCUACAGCUUGGCAUUGCCUUUGGGUCCAGGAAACCUUUGAUAAACUUCCAGGGAGAGCCUAGAGAAUUAUAUCCUGAUAGACUUUGAGCAGCAAUGGCUGGACAUGCUGUAAGCCACACCUUAACAUGGGUCAAGUCUUCACUAGAAGGCAAGUGUUAAGACUAAAGACUUAUUUUAAUUUCAUUUAAAUUUGAUGGACUGGGAUUUGGACAAUUUCCAUGGCAGAAAAAUAUAUUUCAUUUUCUAGGCACAACUUAUGGCUGUCAGAUUCUUGCUGCCUUUGAGUCUUGCACCAUCAUCACUGACCACAUCCCCAAAAUACUUCCAGAUUUGAACAUCUACCCCCGAAACAUAGGUGUUUGGGAGACCCCAAUAUUUUCUAACUUAGGGUUGAGGAGCAUUAGGCUGUUUAUCUUGACUAGCUAAGCUCUGGAGAGCAAUGUUAAAUCUCUGAGAAGAGAGAGCAUGGGGUGUGCUGAUUUAAAAACAGAAAAUGCAAAGUUGGACUGAAAAUAUCCUUAGUCUUCCAAGCAAUCUGCUUAAGGGUUCCAAACUUACCUUAAUUUGGUGAGAAAAGAAGCUGCCCUAUUUUUCUUUCUUCUUCUACAACUGGAUCCAGCCAUUUCCAAAAUCCACCACCAUGGAGGUUGCGAUGGUGAGUGCAGAGAGCUCAGGGUGCAACAGUCACAUGCCUUAUGGUUAUGCAGCCCAGGCCCGGGCCCGAGAGCGGGAGAGGCUUGCUCACUCCAGGGCAGCUGCAGCUGCUGCUGUUGCAGCUGCCACUGCUGCUGUUGAAGGCAGUGGGGGUUCUGGUGGGGGCUCCCACCACCACCACCAGACACGAGGGGCCUGCACAUCCCAUGACCCUCAGAGUAGCCGGGGUAGUCGGAGGAGGAGGAGACAGCGGCCUGAGAAGAAGAAAGUUCACCACCGGCAGAGCAGCUUUCCUCAUUGCUCAGACCUGAUGCCCAGUGGCUCUGAGGAGAAGAUCCUGAGGGAGCUGAGUGAGGAAGAGGAAGAUGAAGAGGAGGAAGAGGAGGAGGAAGAAGAUGGAAGGUUUUACUAUAGUGAAGAUGACCACGGUGAUGAGUGUUCUUACACAGACCUGCUGCCUCAGGAUGAUGGGGGUGGUGGUGGCUAUAGUUCAGUUCGCUACAGUGACUGUUGUGAACGUGUGGUAAUAAACGUGUCUGGCCUACGCUUUGAGACCCAGAUGAAGACUCUGGCCCAAUUUCCAGAGACUUUGUUGGGGGACCCGGAGAAGAGGACGCAGUAUUUUGACCCUUUGCGCAAUGAGUAUUUUUUUGACAGGAACCGACCUAGCUUUGACGCCAUCUUGUAUUAUUACCAGUCAGGAGGCCGCCUGAAGAGGCCAGUCAAUGUCCCCUUUGACAUCUUCACCGAAGAGGUGAAAUUCUAUCAGUUGGGAGAGGAGGCCCUGCUCAAAUUCCGGGAGGAUGAAGGCUUUGUGAGAGAAGAAGAGGAUAGGGCCUUGCCAGAAAAUGAAUUUAAAAAGCAGAUUUGGCUUCUCUUUGAAUAUCCAGAGAGCUCCAGUCCUGCAAGGGGCAUAGCUAUCGUGUCUGUCCUGGUCAUCUUAAUCUCCAUUGUCAUCUUUUGCCUAGAAACCUUGCCUGAGUUUAGAGAUGACAGAGACCUUGUCAUGGCGCUGAGUGCUGGUGGGCACAGUGGAUUGCUGAAUGACACCUCGACACCCCACCUGGAGAACUCAGGACAUACAAUAUUCAACGACCCCUUCUUCAUUGUGGAGACAGUCUGUAUUGUGUGGUUUUCCUUUGAGUUUGUGGUUCGCUGCUUUGCGUGUCCCAGCCAAGCACUAUUCUUCAAAAAUAUCAUGAAUAUCAUUGACAUCGUCUCCAUUUUGCCUUACUUCAUCACCCUGGGCACUGAUCUGGCCCAGCAGCAGGGGGGUGGGAAUGGCCAGCAGCAGCAGGCCAUGUCUUUUGCCAUCCUCAGGAUCAUUCGUCUGGUCCGAGUAUUCCGAAUAUUCAAACUCUCCAGACACUCCAAAGGCCUGCAGAUCCUGGGUCACACCCUCAGAGCCAGCAUGCGGGAACUGGGCCUUCUCAUCUUCUUCCUCUUCAUCGGGGUCAUCCUCUUUUCCAGUGCUGUGUAUUUCGCAGAGGCGGAUGAACCCACUACCCAUUUCCAAAGCAUCCCAGAUGCAUUUUGGUGGGCUGUGGUAACCAUGACAACUGUGGGUUAUGGGGACAUGAAGCCCAUCACAGUAGGGGGCAAGAUUGUGGGGUCACUGUGUGCCAUUGCGGGUGUCUUAACUAUUGCUUUGCCAGUGCCAGUGAUUGUCUCUAACUUUAACUAUUUCUACCACAGAGAGACAGAAAAUGAGGAACAGACGCAGCUGACACAAAAUGCAGUCAGUUGCCCGUAUCUCCCUUCUAAUUUGCUCAAGAAAUUUCGGAGCUCUACUUCUUCUUCCCUGGGGGACAAGUCAGAGUAUCUAGAGAUGGAAGAAGGAGUUAAGGAAUCUCUAUGUGCAAAGGAAGAGAAGUGUCAGGGAAAGGGAGAUGACAGUGAGACAGAUAAAAACAACUGUUCUAAUGCAAAGGCUGUGGAGACUGAUGUGUGAAUCACUUUCUCCACCCGUCACUGCCCCCCCAGUAUCUCCAAAUAUAUUUAUGCAUAGAGAGUGCAGUUAUGAAAAUGAAAUAUGCAAACAAUUCCAAUGCAUACAGUAGUACGCUGUUUACUGGUAAUACGUGGCAUAAUUGUUACUAAACUUGUAUUACAUAUCAAGAAAAUGAUACAUCUUGGAGAAGAGGGAGGCUUAAAUAGGAGCAAAUCUAUCUUUAUAUUUUUUAUUAGAAUGCAAGAAUUUUGCACAUUAACUGGAAAUGAUGUUAAUAGUAAAGAUGGUUCCAUGGAGAGAGAGAGAGAGAGAGAGUGUGUGUGUGUGUGGGUGAUGUGAGUGUGUGUGCACGUGUGUAUGUGUAAGUAAAUUGUCAACAUCGUUGGUAAUUGUGAAGUGAUGGGAAAAGUUGGCAUUUUGAAGUAUUUACUAUGUAAGAAUUAAUGAGUUUGAGCAGUCAUUUAUCAGUGCUUUAAUAUCAUUUCCUGUGUCUUUGAAUUCUGUAGUUUUUUUUAAUUGUAAGAAUUAUUAUGUAGAAAAAAGAGAAAGUAAAUUAUUUACUAGAAUAUAGGCCACAAUUUUAUCUUGGAUUUAAUUAAAGUUUAUUUUUAACUGGAAAUUAACUUUUAAAAAGGCUGCAGGGGCCUUUAGAAAUUGAUUAUAUUUUAUUAUUAAUUUUGGGAAGAGAUGACAGCAGAUGCCUAACAUUCUGAAAGAAAUGAAAUUGCAGAAAAUGUAACAAGUUUUCUUCACAGGUAACAGGACUGGAAUUUUUUUUUUUUUGCCUUUGCACUAAUUUAUAUGCUGAAGAUGGAGAGAGUCUUCAUACUGUGAAUGUUUACUAAUAUAUCAGUUCAAUGACAAUCAUUGGAAGAAUGAUUUCUUAGUCUUACUUUCUUGUUCUCUUCUUUUUGUUAUGUCAGACUAAAUGACCACACAUAUAACAGAACAUUCUCUCCUAAAAUUUAAAUAACUGAUCUGCAACGGGACUAUGAAGUAAAAUUCAGCAACUGAAUCUUUUCAAAUUGGUCUGUUACAAUGAUGCUUCAGAAACCAUAGUAUUUUAAAUAUUCUUCUGCCUUUUAAAUCCAGAAUAAUUUAACCAAAGUUAAUGCAUGCACUGAAAGAAUUCUUGAAGAAAUAAGAUGCCCAGCAGCUAUAGUGAUUAUGGCUUCAGAUCUUUCUAUUAAACGUACAACAGAAAUGCUAGAUUUAUUAAGUUCAUUU